AUGCUGUCCACACAUAUGCGACGGCCUGCGACACGCUCGGUCCUCGCCUUUCGCCCUCCCAGAGCUCCGGCCCAGUCACUCAAUGCACCAUGGUCCCGAUUUGCGAGCGGCCAACAUAAACCUCAGUCGGGCUCAUCGCACUGGGUUCGCAACUCCCUUGCAUUUGCAGUGACAGGAACUGCAGCCGUUUUGGGCUAUUCUUAUAUAACCGAUGGAAAGGAAGCUUGGACUAGUGCUCCGGAGUCAACGAAGGAAGUCAUCGACGUCAACGAUCUUCGUGCUCAGUUCGUUCAAGAAAAGCGAAGCCUCAAAAGCCCCGCCGUCUACACAUGGGGUUCCAACGUUCAUCGUGUGGUGGACCCUGAAUCUAAAGACACUGACAUCAAGGUCCCGCGACGGUUCAAAUACUUCAACGGCCAAGUACUGAGAGAUCUCAAGAUCGAGGAAAAGUCCGGUGCAGCAAUUACUGAAAAAGGAGAUCUAGUCCAAUGGGGCUAUGGCUUCUCGGAGACGGAAUACAAGCCCACUGAGACUCUGACCGGCAAAAACCUCACCUCACUCGCUCUGUCGGAAAGCCGAGUCAUUGCGCUUUCCUCCGAUGGAACUGUAUACUCCUUACCGACAUCCAAAAAUGAGCAAAUGGGUGGCACAAAGGCACAGGAGGGUUCAUGGGUCCCAUUUUGGGCCAACCAGUCUAAACUCAGCUAUCGUGUGCUGAAGCCAUCUUUGAAGCUGGGUGAGAAGGUCAUCACAAUCAGUGGUGGACAGGAACAUGUGCUUCUCCUCACAAGCUCCGGUCGAGUCUUCUCGGCGGCAUCCUCUACCGAGAAAUACCCUUCCCUUGGCCAACUUGGUGUUGAGGGACUCACCUGGUCAACCAGGCCCAAAGGGCCGGCGGAUUCUUGCCAUGAAAUCACAGCUCUUAAGGGCUUCAAGAUUGUCCAAAUUGCGGCUGGAGAUUACCACUCUCUAGCCUUGAGCAAGGAUGGUCAUAUGUUUGCAUUUGGUGAUAACUCCCUCGGCCAGUUGGGUGUCGAUUGGGACGUAGAACGAUCAUUCAGGGAUGCUCCUUUCAUUCUCGAUGUGGAAAAACUCUAUAAAAAGAAUCCAUAUUUGCCAAAGGUCACCAGCAUUGCUGCCGGUGGUGCGAACACCUUUUUCACCGUUGAUGCCAAGCGUGUUUUGGCACCCAAGGAAGACCCUACCGAUGUCCGCGACCUGGGAGUGGUGACUGCAGAUACAUGGUCUUGUGGUAGGGGAAUCUGGGGUACUCUCGGCAAUGGCAAAUGGAUCCACAUGCAAGAUGCGCCCACCAAGGUGAAGGCUUUGAGCGGCAUGGGCGAGUUCGACGAGGAGAAGAAUGAAAUGUCGCCCAUCCGUCUUCGGGAUAUCUCUGUCGGUACUACCCAUGUUUCGGCUGUGCUCGACAACAAGACCAAUGUCGGCAAAACAGCCAAGGACACCCUGGACCAAUCCAAAGAUUGGGGCUAUGAUGUGCUGUGGUGGGGAGGCAACGAGCACUUCCAGCUCGGCACAGGCAAACGCAGCAACCAGUGCAAGCCAAUCUAUAUCAAUGCUCCUCCUGAAUCAAAGAAAACUCAGGCGGAGGCACGAUUGCAGAUCAUUCCCCGUCACAAGGGCAAGGUUGGCAAGCGCACUGUGAGCAUGGAGCAACGGGUUGAGUGUGGACGUCAUGUCUCUGCUAUUUAUUCUGCUCAACUGCAAACAGAGCAAACUUCUUGCGCCGCGGAGACGCUUGGACCACCGCUUAUCCAUAAAAUUUCCAGCGAUCCAGGCGCAUCUUUCCUCAUCACACACCACUACAAUGCCUCGCGAAAAGGAGAAGAGAGGCCGCAGGGCCGAAAAAAGGCCCAGAAGGAUGAAUCCAAGCGAAAGUUCGAGGAAGCGCCCGAUGCCCCCGUCGCGAAACGCAUGAAGCCCUCUACCGAUGAGGCUGACGAGACCAUCGAACAGCAACACGACGAAACCUUUGAGCACAAUGAGGAUUAUAUUCCCUUGGACCAGGGAGAAGAGAUGGAUACACAGGGUCAGGAGGAAUCUGGUGAUAUGCCCUUCUACGGUCUUCUCGACGAGGAAGAGUCGGAAUAUUUUUCUCGCGCCAACGAAAUGCUGGAGUUGAACCAAUUCCAAGACGCCGAAGAGCGCAGCUUGUUCGUCGACAGUGUGUACUCAGAGGCCAACGGCAAGGAAUUGAAGAUCGCCUGUAGUCAGGGUUGUUCGAGACUCAUGGAAAAGUUGAUCUCAAUGUCAGACGCUCGGCAAUUGCGUCGAAUCUUCAGCAAAUUCGUUGGCCAUUUCCUCCACCUGGUGCAGCACCGAUUUGCCAGUCACUGCUGCGAAACACUUUUUAUCCAUGCUGCGCCUGCGGUCAUGCAAAAGGCAUCCAAAGCACAGGCCAAGAAGUCAGACGAAGAAAAUGAAGAGGAGGAGCCUGAACUGUCCCUCGCAGAGAUGUUCAUGGCCGUUAUCGAGGAGCUGAAGGAGAACUGGGGUUUCCUGUUGACGGAGCGCUUUGCGUCGCACACAAUCCGAGUGCUACUUCUGGUUCUUGCCGGUGAGCCAGUGGAUGUCACGUCAAACGAGUCAAUUGUCGCAAGUCGCAAGAAGGAAAGAAUAGACAUCCCAAUGGUUCAGGGAGAAGAGAAGACACAUCCCGAAAAGCAAAAGCGGAGCGUGCCAGAGUCUUUUGAGCCAGCACUUAAAAAAAUCAUGAGUGAUAUGGUCUCCGGUCUCGAUGAUACUUAUCUACGAGCCCUGGCCACCCAUCCAGUGGGUAACCCAGUGCUUCAGGUCCUUUUAUUCCUGGAGCUUUCCCAUUUCGGAAAAUCCAGUGCCAAAGAUCCCAAGUCUACUAUCCGGCGACUGGUUCCAGACGAGUCAUUCGAGGAGGAAUCAGACAGCGCAAUCUUUAUUCGCGGACUUCUCUACGAUCCGGUUGGGUCUCGUUUGUUGGAGACAAUGGUGCGGUAUCUUCCUGGCAAAGCAUUCAAGAACCUCUACAGAAACAACUUGAGCGAUCGCAUCGGAUCUCUUUCACGAAACAGCACUGCUGGAUAUGUAGUCCUUCGGAUCUUGGAAAGACUCGGCAAGGAUGAUUUGAAGAUUGCUAUGGAUCAUAUCGUUCCCGAAGUGACAGGUUUGAUUGAAAGAUCAAGACUUAUUGUCCCUAAGGUGUUGAUUGAGCGAUGCGUCGCUCGUAGCGUGGACACGAAACCUCUCGCUGAAGCACUCGAGGGUGCUUACGACAAGGACCCUACCCUUAGACUACAGCAAAUGCUCAAGUUUACUCCUUCAGAGAUGCCAGCUUCGCAAUCCGAAGACCACAAUAUGGAUGGUGACGAGGAAAAUGGCCGCAAACCUCGCUUUGCGCCUCAAGAAUCUGCAGCGGAGAAAGCAGAGAAACUGCAUGGCUCUCUCCUGGUUCAAGCCAUGCUGACGGUCCCUGGCCCGCUCAGCCAACUUGUUUACACGAGUCUGCUUGCGCAGCCCUCCCACGUCAUUAUCCAACUUUCUCAAGAACCCACAUCUUCUCGCGUCGUCCAGCAGGCGCUGACUUCCUCUACAUCCACCACCCAAAUCCGCCGACAACUCACUACCCGCUUCCAGGGCCAUUUGAUGGAGCUUGCUCUGAACAGCAGCGGGUCUCGUGUCGUUGAUGCCCUCUGGUCCGCAACCAAGGACAUCUUCUUCGUCAAGGAGCGCAUGGCGCAAGAACUCUCCCAGAAUGAAAUGGCCCUUCGUGAUUCCUUCUUGGGCCGCGCAGUCUGGCGAAACUGGUCCAUGGAUCUCUUCAAGCGCCGACGGGGCGAGUGGACUCGCAAGGCCAAGGGUAUUGAGGAGCGAACUGAGUACAAUGAAGGUGCCGAGCGUCCCAAGUCUAAGAUCGAGUUAGCUCGGGCCCGGUUUGCAGCAGCCAGGGAGGCAAGUGCUGGUGAGAACCAGCCUGCAUCCACCGAAUGA